UGUGGCGGCGCGGGCGGGAUGUGGGCAGCGGCCCCUCUCCUGCUCCUGCUCCUUCUCCUGCUGCUGCUGCCGCCGCUGGCGCGGCUGUGGCGGCGCGGGGCGGCGCGGCUGGAACCGGCCGGGCGGGCCGUGCUCAUCACGGGCUGUGACAGCGGCUUCGGGCACCUGCUGGCGCUCCGCCUCCACCGCCUCGGCUUCACCGUGUUCGCCGGCUGCCUGUGCCCCGGCGGGGACGGGGCGCGGCGGCUGCAGCGGGAGGCGGGCGGCGCCGGUCGCCUGCGGGUCCUGCGGCUCGAUGUGACCCGCGCCCACGACGUGCGAGCCGCCAAGGAGCUGGUGCUCAGCCACCUGCCCGAGCGAGGUUUCUGGGGGCUUGUCAACAAUGCAGGAAUAUCAACAUUUGGCGAGACAGGGUGGCUGCCUAUGGAGACAUAUGAAAAAUUUGCAGAUGUGAAUCUCCUUGGGAGCAUCAGGACAACUCUGGCAUUUCUCCCCCUUCUAAGGAAAUACAAGGGACGUAUUGUUUUCAUGUCCAGCAUCAUUGCCUAUUUUGCUUUGGGAAAUGGCAUUUAUUCUAUGACCAAGGCAGCUAUUGAAAAAUUUUGUGAUGCUUUAAGACUGGAAAUGAAGAAGUUUGGUGUCCAGGUCUGUAUUAUCCAGCCAGGAAACUAUGCACGCUCUACAAAAAUUCAGCCACCACUGAGUGCUGAAGAGAUCUGGAGUGAACUCAGUGAAGAGGAAAAGGCUGUUUACAACAAGGAGUAUGUUCAAGAGCGGGCAAACUUUUUCAACAAUAUCCUCAGUGAGGGAAGCACUAAUGGCAGUGAGGUUGUGGAUGCUAUGGUGGAUGCUCUAAUAUCUCCUGCACCCAAGGCACGUUACAUGGUGGCAAAGCUGAAGGAGAAGGUCCUGGUGUUUGUAUGUGCUUUGUUCCCAACUGCUGUGAUGGAUUCUGUUCUGUCUUAUGCUCUGAGCAAAGUAAAACUUGCAUAGCCUACAGUGGUGCUAUUCACUGACUCAGGUGAGGCCAUUUAUACAAUGUGAAAGUCAAAGCUGAUUUUAAUGCCCCCAUGUGUCAAUAAAGUGACACCAAUUAACCAAUAAAAACUUUGGGGUGACUCCCUAGUCAGAACUGUCACUGAUUGCUAGGGAAAAACAUACAGGACUUUGUGUAAAAUUAAAUCAUUUGUUUAAGUAACUUUAUCUCUCCCCUGUGGGAAAACCCCAUCCACUUAAGCCACUUUACUUAUUGCCUGGAAAAUUUAAUACAUCUUUUCCUGAAGCAAUAGCAGGUUAUUGUGUUACAGACAUGAUGCAGACAAAAUGGAGCACAUCCUAAAGGGCAGCUGUACACCUGAAGUCAUUACAGCAGAGAUGAAAAGCCCUUACUUGUAGAAACCUGAGUAGCAAUUUAUUUAGGGGAGAUAGGAAGAGGUUAAUGGAAAAGUCAUAGAAAGGAGCAUUGGACCUUGAAAUACUUUGAAUGGAGUUAAAUGGCUGUAGCAAGUUAGGAAGUCUUGAAGCUCCGAGCAACCUGGUUUAGUGAAAGUUGUCCCUGCCCACAACAGAGGGGCUGGAAAUUGAUGGUCUUUAAUGUCCUUUCCAGCCCAAACCAUUCUGUGAUUCUAUGAAUAAUAAACUUGUAAUAUAAAUACAUUGUCCUUGCUAACUAAAGUUCAGUCCUUUUUCAGGUGCUCUGGAUAAAUCUGUAACAAAGCAAAUAUAUCACAGAGUUUGGAAAACAGGUUACAUAUCCCAUUUAUAAAUGAAUAUUUAAUCCUAAAUGAACUCUAUUUUUUAUCUGAUGUCUGGACUAAUCAAUGUGUUGACCUGAAGUGUAGUGAGAAAGCUAAACACCAAGGAGACAUAUCAGUAUACUUGGAGCUCAGAAAGAACAUUCAGGUUUGGCUGCUAUUGUAAGGAAUAAGGUCUAAAGAGAAGAAUACAGGAAAUAACAGGAAAGGGAAACAUUUAUCUGUGAGAGUAAUUGAUCACAGUAGCUCCAUUAACACUCUCCUACUAGUUGUCAUGGAAGAGAUUUACACAUACAAUUUUAAAUUUGACUCGGUUAUGGUAUUUGCUCUGGGGCCAAAAGAUUCCAGAAGAGCUGGGAUCAAGCUGUGGUGGCAGUGAUAGAUACAGGGCAGCAGUACUGAGCAUUAGUUCCCCCAUGCCAGGUCUCCCAUAUCAAAUCAAAGACUCUGCUAUAAGUUGACAUAGUUAACUUUUUUGUCUGAAGCAAAAAUUGCACUCUAUAUCUGGGAAGUCCUUCCUAACAUAAUUAAUUAACUACUGAGAAAAUUUAUGCUCUCUCAUGGUGGGUAAUUUGGGCAGUGUGAGUCAGGAACAUAGGUGAGAUGAGCCCACAGAGUGACAAUUCCAGGCUCUCUUCUGGUAUACUCAGCAGUGGAACAGGCACUGCACCUGUUGGAGAUUGUGGAACACGUUAUUUCUCUUUCCAAAGGCUGAACCCAUCCCUGGAGCUGGCAUUGGCAAGAGGACAAGCCUGGGCUCCCAACUGUUCCACAGACUGUCACUACAGGAUAAUCAGAUGAUUAUUAUCCCUCUCCUCAUUUAACCACAACUGAGCAAGGCCAAGCAAGGGAACAGGAAUGAGGCUUAUUCCAACUGAACCAAUCAAUUUCUUCUAUAGGAAUUCCCCCUGCUUGACCUCAGGGAUUUCAGCAGCCCUGCAUUGCUUUGGAAGCAUUGCUUUCAUGCUCUUAGCUGUUCUUUGUGCAGAUUACCCUUCCUCACAGUAAGCAGCACAGGACUCCACAAGCAGCUUUGAAGUCCAGAUGUUUCUCCAUCAGGCCCAUGGUAUGUGUGCUGAUCUCUGCCCCCAAACCAAUGUCACUUUCCAUUACACUGUCUCCCUUCUAUUUACAUUUCUAAAAGCUACUGCACUAAGUUGCUGAGAGCCAGCACCACCAGAUCUGGCUCACAGACACAAAAUAACUUCCAACUGGAAAUUCUUCAUUUGCUGGGUAUGGGGUGAAGCAUGUGAUCAAUAUUUCAAUACCCUCAUGUAACGUAAGAUGAGAAAGGCUCCAGAACAUUUAUUCCUUCACCUUGAAAACUGAGAACUUGCAGUGCACAGGAUUUUAAACAGGAUACAGUGACAGGAUGAGAACUGAUGGGACAAAUAAGACAGUUUGUAUUUUCAUUGCCAUCUAACCAUUGGCAUGGCAGCUAACUGAAAAACAGCUACAAAAUUACCGUCUUUAUUCCUUCCCCUCAGCUUUUUAACAUUAUGAUCUGCAGAUAAAGAACUAGUAGAGUCAGAGCUUGUUAUUAACAGAACAUCCCACUAAAGUAAUCUGGAAUCCUCCCACUGAGUUCUAUGUGUUCCAAGGCACAGUGUUAGACCAAUAAACAUGAAAAUAAAUAGUAGAAAUAAUUUCAGAAUCCCUGGGCUUAGUAGAAAAGAGACCCUCAGAGGAAACGGUGAUGGAAGGGGUGCAGCAUUCUCUCCUCCACAAGUGCCAUAGGGUACAGAAGCUGCAGGAUCAGUAACAGAAGGUUUUAGUGAACAAACCUUGGUAACCAAGUCAGUGAUGAACUCUGAGGACUCCCAAAGCUGUCAGCUCUUCAGUGAACUCCUGCCCUGCUCUGUGGCCCUGGAAAGCUCCCCUGACUCUAGGGAUCCUAGCCUUCAUGCUGGCCAUGCAGUACCUGGGAAGCACAUGCUGGGAGUGCACAGUUGCUGGACUGCCCCACCAUCCCUUUUUACUUUGCCACAUCCCUGGCUGAGAAAUGCCUCCCUCUUCCUCAGUAACUCUGAAAUCACCUUUACCUCAAGUCAAGUUGAAGUGCAGGGGCAUACAAGUCUACAUUUACAACAUCCAAAAAAAGAAACCAUUUUAGGAAAAAUUCAGGUGAUAAAGAUAAAAAACCAAACAACCCCCCCCCCCCCAAAAGCCCAUAACCAAACCUCUAAUGACAUUUCUCUUACACUUGAAAUACCCCUCUCCCAACACCCAGCUAAGCUGCUGCAGACCCUUUCCUGAGACUGUUUUUCUAUGUAGCAUUCAUCUCAGCUGCAUUCAACACAGAACUUCUUGGAAAAACGCUUCAGCUUUUAUCACUAUUUGUCUUUAUAAGCCUUGCUGACAAUUUGAGAACUUUUUUUUCCCCUUGAAAACAGCCAUGCCAAAAGAGACUCAGCUUUCUUCCCAAGUCUCUUCUCCAAGAACACAGUAUCAGGGACCUAACAGUUAUUUCACGGAUUUUCUCUUUGAUGAAAAGGGCUGUUCCUAAGAGUGCAUAUUAACAGGUAGAAAGAAUCAGCUUUAGUUUUGACAUUAAGCAGUUAUGGAAAGAGUAUAAAGUAGAGUAAAAAAAGCUAUACCAGUUUAGUAAGUUGUACAUUGAUCUGAGUGAUAUCAACAGCUCUGUACAGUGGCAUCAGAAACAGAGCAGAUCCCAGGAAAUACAGGAGGAGGAGCUGGGUGGUACCUGCCAGCACAGUUCUCAGGAGGCUGUGCUGCUGCAUGAAACAAAGAUUGUCUCAAGGAGACGAUUUCCCUCCCUUGAGAGGGCACAGUUGGAGCAAUGCCCCUACAGCAGCUCCCAAGACGACCUUCAGAAUUAGCCAAUGUGUAAAUUUGUGUCAUUCUCCCAAGCUGGCAGAUCUGAAUAGGGAGAUUUUGGGUGGAAUACACCACACAGCAGAUUUUUCUUGCAGUAGCAUCAGAAUCCAGAGAGAUGAAUAGCGGUGAUAAUUACUUCCACGGUAGAAAGGCAUACGUGAAAACCAGGCAAUCCUCAAGCACACCUUGCAGCAGAAGUCAGGCUGCCACCAGCCCAGCUCCCUGUGAUGUCAGCAGGACUCCAGUGCCAUCCAGCCUGAGUCCUUGUGGUGCACGGCCUCCCUCCAGAGGUCAGCUGUGGGACAGCUGCAGCAUCCUUGUGCUUUGACAUCCACAGAGAAAACACAGUCCAGAGACAGCAAGUGGAACAGAGGAUGGCAGCUGCAUUGUUCCACAUGUUCCAGGAGGAACUGUGUAGUGCUGUCAGCCUGGCACCUUCUGCUAGCACCAAACCAAACUUCACAGCCUUUGUGUUUUGAAUAUUUGGAAGCACCUGUUCAGCACUGAAACGUUUUCAUGUGUAAUUAAAUUAUUUUGGAGCUGCAAAGUGA